CUACAUGCUUGCUAUAUUUUUCCGAUGUGCCUGUGCGUGUGGCACUUCCUCCUCGUUAGCGCUUGUAACUCGAACAGAAUCAUGUGUUGAAGGUUCAUUCUGUAGCAACGAUUUGUGCAGCUUCCUAGAAGCCAUCUCAAAACAAGUGGCCGCGCAGCCACGACGCUAUGCCCUCCGCCUCUGCCUACAAAGAUCUUUUCGAGGGUGGUCUCUCUGGUUACAUCGUUCUCGGGACCCAGCCCGAAGAAGCCGAUCCAGGGUACGUCCAAGCGUACCAGGAGCUCCCAACCGCCCAGUCCGUUUCCGGGAAACGCGCAACCUGCACCACCCCGACAGACAACCGGAUAGAGGACGAAAUCACCGAGGGACCAGGAUAUAACCCGCUCAGGUGUUACAAUCUCAAAUCGGUUACCAUAGAAUAUGGAAAUCUGUGAUGCAAGAUUGCAUGAUCUAGUUCUAGCAAAGUCUCAUAGGAUUGCGCAUGACAAGUUCCGGAGCCCUAAACCCUACGACAAUCUGGCGAAAUUUGUAUUGCAGAAGGUGGAACGCUGUGCGAGUCUGUCAUGCUCAUCAUGCAACACAAAUUCCAGAUUCUAUGGUAAACGAUUUGAGAUUGCAACGUUUGAGCAACUCAUACAGGAAAUGACGACUACUUGAUCAAACGGAAGAAUUUCGUCUGGUCGCCGAAGCAGUGCGCGCACUUGUGCGACCAAAUUGGCGACGAGUGCAGUCACUGGAGUUUGUCGCUCGGGCCGGUGUGGAACUCGGAACAGAUCCCGGGGGGCUUGUCCGGGGGGAAGAUCGCGAAACCACUACCCUUCACGCCAAAAGCCGGGGCGCCGGGACACUGUUUUCUGUGCGGGAUCGGGAAGAACUCGCCCGUGCAACAGUUCUACAAAGACAGCAUGUUGGUCGAUGCGCCGGGUAUGUAUAGCUAUGUGGGAGUGAAGAGGAAAUUCACGACGGCGGAGCCGCGGAAUAAAGAGCUUUUCAGCCAAAAACCCGAUGGCCCACUGUUUGAAAGAAAUUGGAGUAUGGAUUGUAAAAAUGUCUGGGUCUGGAAAAUUGCAGCUUGUCAUGCUGUGUUUGGAUCCCAAAAAAAUCUGUAUUGCGUGACCAGCAACAGGGGUCCAGUUUGUGUUACGCGGAGAGGGCAUUUGUCAUGCGGAAUAAGCAUCAGGAAGCCCUCUAAAAAUCUGUGAUGCUAGAUCGUGCAUUACAUGAAUCAUGGAUCAUACAAAAUAUGCAUCACAAGUCCCGGAAUCUUCCAGACCCAGACAUUUUUACAUUUGAUAUGGAGCUACUUGCCACCGAAAUGGUUGAGGUAUUUUUGAAGAGCAUAGUAGUUUUUAGCCCUCAACGAGGGAGCAAGAAAAGAAGCAACGUCGCGUAGAAAAUCGAGAAAAACACAAUCAGAAAGCAAUGAGUUGUUCUCCACCAGUGGCUGUUCAUUCGAAGAAAACAGUCGAUAGUGCGUGGUGCAGGGGCUUCUGCUACUUGAGCUAAACUGCUUACACAUAAAUUGCUGUCGUGCGAGC